UAUAUUAUUGUUUCUCUCUCUCUCUCUCUCUAAAAUACAACAAUGGUGGAGGAGAUGGUUCGUCCUGUACCUCUGGAACCGAACAGUGAGGUUGCUUCUGCGCAAAUGUCAAACUCGGGCUUUAGCUUUCUCUCUCUUCAACGCAUCUCGUGAUCUUAUCUUCUUCGACACUGUUCCACAUUCCAGGACUGAAGAGUUUUGGGUCUUGCCUGUAAAAGGAGACCAAUCAGUAGCUAAAUGGAGCAGUAUGAAAUUUUAGAGCAAAUUGGGAAGGGGUCUUUUGGCUCUGCCCUUCUCGUGAGGCAUAAGCUUGAAAAGAAGAAGUAUGUGUUAAAAAAGAUUCGGCUUGCCCGCCAAACUGAUAGGAGCCGUAGAUCUGCACACCAAGAGAUGGAGCUUAUUUCCAAAAUGAGGAAUCCGUUUAUUGUGGAUUAUAAAGAUUCUUGGGUAGAGAAGGGCUGCUAUGUGUGCAUUGUCAUAGGUUAUUGUGAAGGAGGAGACAUGGCUGAAGCUAUAAAGAAAGCCAAUUGUGCUCUUUUUUCUGAAGAGAAGCUGUGUAAAUGGCUUGUUCAACUGCUAAUGGCACUUAACUACUUGCACGUGAAUCAUAUUCUUCAUCGUGAUGUUAAGUGUUCAAAUAUAUUCUUGACAAAAGAUCAAGACAUACGACUUGGUGAUUUUGGACUCGCUAAGAUGUUGACUUCGGACGAUCUUGCCUCAUCUGUUGUAGGGACUCCAAGCUAUAUGUGCCCUGAGCUUCUUUCUGACAUUCCAUAUGGUUCUAAGUCUGACAUUUGGUCCUUGGGAUGCUGUAUAUAUGAAAUGACAGCUCAUAAGCCUGCUUUUAAAGCAUUUGACAUGCAAGCGCUGAUCAACAAAAUAAAUAAGUCUAUUGUGUCACCACUGCCAACCAAAUACUCUGGUGCAUUUCGGGGUCUCGUCAAAAGCAUGCUGCGGAAAAACCCAGAACUUCGGCCAAGUGCAGCAGAGCUUCUAAGGCACUCACAUCUCCAGCCUUAUGUUCUUAAGGUUCAACUGAAACUCAAUAGCCCCAGGCGUAAUAGUUUAUCGACACACUGGCAUGAAACUGAGUACAUGAAGAAAACUAAAUUUAUAGAGCCAGAAGAUAUUCCUGUUUCCAUGUACAAAGAGAAACGGCAUUCAUAUGGCAAUGACAGGACUCUAAAUCCAAGUAUUUCUGGAGCUGCAGAAGAUUCAUCUUUUUCUCAAAGAAAUCAACGAAUUCCAAGGUAUGUGAAUCAAAGGAUAGAAGAAAUGUCUGUCGGAAGCACUCAUGAAGUCACAACCUUUGCUAGAAAAUUUAUUCCAAAAGCUUCCAAUACGGGCAAAACUACAAGAUUGACUCCAGAAAAGGCUUCUGCCCCCCCUAAGAAGCAAGCUGAGCUUUCAAAGAACCGUGAAUCAUUUUCAGAUUCACGAAUGCCAACAAAAAAAAUUGGUAAUUCAAAUCGUAGAGCAUCUUUUCCAUUGCCUGUGAGAACUAUUGCACAAGGAUCUCCUUGCAAGCCCUAUGUUGGUAUCCUUGACUGCAUUAAAUCUCCAGAUGUUUCUGUAAAUGAACCUCGAAUUGACAGGAUGGCUGAAUUUCCAUUAGCCUCAUAUGACGACCCCUUCACCCCCAUCCGUAGAACUUCAUCAAACUCUGCACAAGGCUCCUCUACCUCGCCACAAGUUGAUCGUUCGAUCAUGAAAGACAAAUGUAUGGUCCAGGUAUGUGAUCGAAACUUUCGCCGGCUAAGUUUUGCAGAUUCUUGGCAGAGAGUUGAAGGCACAAUGAAGUUGGAUGGAGAGGAUGGAAGUGAGUGCUCUGGCCAAAAUGCAACAGCUGGGGCAUCAAGCCAAACGUCAUCAGAUUUGCGGCGCCGUCGGUUUGACCCAUCCUCUUAUCAGCAACGAGCUGACGCUUUGGAAGGGUUGCUUGAAUUUAGUGCGAGACUGUUGCACGAGGAAAGGUAUGAUGAACUUGGGGUGUUGUUGAAGCCAUUUGGACCAGGAAAGGUUUCUCCGAGAGAAACUGCUAUCUGGUUGACUAAGAGCUUCAAGGAAAACACACUCAAGCAGGAAGAUCAACACCAAUGAAUGGCUUACACGUGUGCUAUAAUUGUUCAACACCAAUGUCAUAGUGAGGUUUUCUUGCCUUGUUAUAUUUUUCCACGUUCGCAGUUCUAUUAUUUUGCAUUCAGAUAGGCGUUUUAGGAUAUGAAUUUUGAAGUUUGCAGAAUAGGAGAUGAAGGAUAGGAAUUUUAUGGACCUUUAGUGUACCAUAUCUGAUAUCUGCAUGUAAGAUUAGUUAGCUUGAUGGGUGAAAAGCCUGUCAAACAUAUUUCCUGUUCUCCUGUUUACUUUAUUGACAAUUAGCCUGAAAGAUUAUUAUAAGUAUCUGUGAAUUAUUUAAUUUUCGGAGGAC